AGAUGAUCAACUGAAAAACUUAGUAAUUAAACAUAACCCAAUAAUGCAUCACAUUUCCAACUAGCUCGUGAUGAAACUGCUACCCACCUGCAGACAUAGGAAUAUGAAACAGAUGGACCCAAGAAUGCUCUUUUCUUCCCUUUUUUUUUUUGGACAUGGCUAAUGAGGGAAUCUGUUUUGUAUGACUAUACAUAACUUGUAAUGGCUUUGAUUUUUUUGUCUUCUCAAUGGUCGAGGAAAGGGGAAGGUUAAGGGAAAGAAUUUGCUACUGAAAAUAAAAUAGAAUUUUAAAAAGUAAUCUUGUUCAGCUACAGGUUUGCCUAGAGGUUUUCUCAUUGUCCUUUCCAACUAUGAGAUUUUGGGAAAAUUAACAUUUUUCUCCAACUACAUUUUAAGAGGAUGAAUAAAAAUAGGUAGUUUUGUGGGGGACUUGCACACCUGUUUAUAAAAGAAUAAGGUGCCCUUUAGCAGCAAAAUUACUCAUAUUUUAAAAGUUAAGAUAGUUUCCUCUUUGUUUCUGAAGUUGCUGCUCUGUUCUAUAAGGCUUCCUAAAGUUAAAAAAAAAAAAAAAAAAAGUGGUUAGCUGGUGCUUGAGGAGAAGCGGAUUCCACUAGCUUGGGUCCCCGUAGCCGCCAGUUGGGUGUCAGUUUAGCUCCAGCACCUCGGCUACAGUAAAUGCGAAGCAUGUCGGGAAUUGUAGUUCCACACCACCCAGGCCCACCCUCUUCCCCACUAGCCCCUGGGAUCUCCGCAUUCUCUGAAGUUCUCCUUCUCACACAGCGCGUGCGGCGCCCCUCUGAUCCCAGAGACACCUAGAGAUGUCACAGAGCCCCAAAACACCGCCCCUACCCCAGGAUCCGAAGCCUGAGGCCCCCCAUUUCCCCCUCUUCCUAGCAAUGUGUCACUAAUGACCCAGCUAUUUUUUAGAGGGCCACCAGGCCCCGAUGGGCCAAGAAGUCUGGGCCUCCGCGCCUCCGCUGGCGGGAGGGGGCGGGGCGGGGAGAGGCUACGCCUGCGCGGAAGGCGCUAGCGGCGACUGGCUGGGCGGAGAUGUUAGGGCUGAGCGCUGAUGUUAAAAUGCAUAAGUUUAAAUCAUCUCAGAAGGACAAGAUCCGACAGUUUAUGACAUUUACCCAGGCUGGUGAAAAGACUGCUAUAUACUGUUUAAUGCAGAAUGAGUGGAAACUAGAAGUGGCAACUGACAACUACUUCCAGAACCCAGACUUGUACUACAAAGAAUCCAUGAAAAAUUCAGUAGACAAAAAGAAGUUAGAACAACUGUAUAACAGGUAUAAAGAUCCACAAGAUGAGAAUAAAAUUGGCAUUGAUGGAAUUCAACAGUUUUGUGAUGAUUUAGGUCUAGAUCCUGCCCAUAUCAGUGUUCUUGUCAUAGCAUGGAAAUUCAGGGCAGCUACUCAAUGUGAAUUCAGUAAAAAGGAAUUUAUUGAUGGCAUGACAGAGCUGGGGUGUGAUACCACAGAAAAAUUAAAAGCUCUUUUACCAAGAAUAGAACAAGAGCUAAAGGAUGCGAUAAAAUUCAAAGAUUUUUAUCAAUUUACCUUUAACUUUGCUAAGAAUCCUGGACAAAAAGGUUUAGAUUUAGAAAUGGCUGUUGCUUAUUGGAAUUUAGUCUUAUCUGGAAGGUUUAAAUUUUUAGAUCUUUGGAAUAAGUUUUUAUUGGAACAUCACAAAAGAUCAAUUCCAAAGGACACUUGGAAUCUUCUACUAGAUUUUGGAAAUAUGAUUGCAGAUGAUAUGUCUAACUAUGAUGAAGAAGGAGCGUGGCCUGUUCUUAUAGACGAUUUUGUAGAAUAUGCACGGCCAGUCGUCACAAAAGGGAAGCGCAGCACCUUCUAACCCUGAGUAUAAAGCUGGACUGAAAUUACAACCUUAAUUGUAUCAGGUAACGAAGACAUUUUGGCCAAUAACCAUGUCAUGGUUACUCAUUUCAGUCGCCAUGGCAUGCCACUGACCUAACUGAAAUCACCACUUCUCUUCUUCAAGAAAAUGAUGCUAAUUCAAGGACAUUGUAAGAAGAUGCUCAGAAGAUACCAGGAUGCUUUGGGAUAUAUUGGGGUUUGGUUACUGUAUUGGUUUUAUCAUUUGGUGAGAGAGAAUUGCAUGAUUUAUACUUAGGAGAAUUUAACUAGAGCCCAUUUUAAUUAAAGCUGCACAGCAUGUCAUUCAGCUCAUGAUCUAGGGUGAACACCAGCAGUUCCUACUGUAAUUAGAGAUUGUAGUGUACUUAAAUAUUUAAAAGCAGUAUUUGUGGUAUGAAUUAAGUCUCCAUAUAAACCUGAAGUAGUAUGUUAUAUUUUUAUACAAGUCAGCAUUGUUCAAAGUAUUUACCCUAAUGAUCAUGUUCUUGUAAUGGACUCUUACUGACACUUUUAUACUCAGUGCCAGUACACUAGAUUAUAUUUUUUAUAUCAAUUUGCCAGAUCUAUUUUUUGUUUUAAUUUUCUUAACGUUCACCUGAAAAUCAUUGAAUGGUUUGAAUACCCUCAUUUCAAUUUGCACAGUGAUGGCCACACUUCAGUCUGUGACUUAAAGAAAAAUCCUCAGAUUGUUUACAAAUCAGUGGGCAUCCUUUACUUUUUGAAAAGCUUCUUGAACUUCUUGAGAAGUUCACAAAUUAUUUUUCUUUUGCUCACAAAUUUUUUUUUCUUUACAUUUAAAAAUGGUAUUUUUCCAUUUUAAAAAUACUUCUUUAUUAGUUGUGAAUUUUGAAUUCCAAGAUCAAGUAAGCUGAUUUCUUGCAACCAUCCAUAAUAUGUCUGAUGUAUCUCAAUUGCAAGUCAUUUUUAUAGAUUGUACAUAUUUGAAAACUAAAAUAUGAUAGGCUGGAACAUAUAAUCCAGGGUAAAAAAUCCCCUUACUUCGAGUGGACAAAUUUAUCUUUGCACUAUGUAACUAUUUCUGUUUUUCACUUUGUUACAAUGACCAUGGCAGUGUGGUACCAAGAUGAAUUAGGUAUUUCUCCAAAGCAUAAAUGAAGCCUGAGUUUCUCCUGCUCCCCGUUUGGUAAGGAGUUUGUGCAUAAUUCUCGGUAUGUAAGACUGUUAUACCUCAGCUGGGAACAUUGGAUACAUAUUAUUAGUUCCUGAUCUGCACAGCACAGUUCUCACCUUGCUUGGGUCUGUGCAAUUUGAACUUAAACAGAUGCUAGGGAUUGACUUUUUAAAAAAGAUAAUCCUUUUUAAAGGAUGUAAAACAGGUUUCCUUUCACGUCUGUACCAUAUAUAAAAUGCAAAUUGACUUGUGAAACUAGAUUCUUCCUGAAAAACUUGGUCAAUCUGUCGACUAAAGCAAGGCCCAACUUUGUUUGCUAAAUGUUUGCUAUGAUUUGGAUUAGAAUUCUUCUAAGAAAAGCAGUUUGGUUCUACACUGAAAGAACACUGGAGCAGGAUUCCCAGCAGCUACAUAAGAGCUUUGUGACCGAGGGCAAGUCAUUUAAUUCCUCUGAACUUUAUGAAAUGAUGGGAUCAAAGGAGAUGAUUAGUAAAAUUUCUUCCAGCUCUGACAUUCUCAUCUCUUUCAGUUUGUUCUGCUAUGCAAUUCACGUAAUUCUCAACCUCCCUUUUAAAGAAAUAUUCUUCAGUUGUAACUCUUUCCCCCUUACAAUAAUUAUUAGAAUAUCAAUUAUAUUGGAUGAUAUUGAAAGAAUUAUACCCAUUAUUCUCACUCUUCCACUGUAUGAGUUUAAAUCAUGCAUGCUAUUAAAGUGGUGACUUGGGGGGAGGGGAAAGAGGGAAAAGCUUGUAUUUAUUUGUCUCAUUUGUACAGAUUUCCUGUACUGUCCAUAAGAAACAUCCAAAUAAAUCAUUGUGUGUAUUUGUUUUUGUAA